CGAUAAGCAUCGUCGAGUCGUCAGCGUUUACUCUAUAGUUUAACCAUAAUAAUAAAGUGGCCGAGACGGUGACCACCGUCACCUGGAUCGGUUUUGACAGUUUAUUUAUUUUAACCAGUAUUGAAGUUUCUGCUGUUAAAUGUGAUACACCUAUGUGAAAGUUCAAAGAGUCAAAAUACUCUAGGUGUCACUAGGGCUCAGAAAUGCUGACUUGGAGGAGUGAACAGAUUAGUACUAACAGAUUAAGGGGCCUUCUCGCUACGGUUGAGCUGGGAGCGAAUGGCCCCUGAUUCAACUGUCAAUAAAUACCGCGGCAUGAUACUGUUCUUAGUAUACGGGUUCUAACAGUGCUAGUUUUUAGGAUGCACCUGCCAAAUCUGACCAAACAGAGAAGUCAUGGGAUCAUCCAUGGACUACCGAUGAAAUGCGAGAGAAUCGAGCAGAAUGGAAUCUCGCUGGUGAUUCUGGUCUUUUACAGCACCUUCAGCAGUUUUCUGAUAAACUGAUGACAAGAGCAAAUACAACGCACAAGGCCCUAAAUUCAUUAACUUCAGAGUUAGAUGAGACAAUCAUUUUCAUAGAUAAUAUAACUAAUACGUCAUUGGCUCUUGCCAACACACAAUUUAUCGAGAGUCGUGUGUUGGAGGACGACAUUGAAACAGAGUUGCCACAAGAGCAACAACCAGAGGUUCUAAAAACAAAAGAACAGUUGGAUGCAGAGUUAAUAGCAAGUAUAGGAGAAAGUGUCCGCUGCGGUAUUGCCAUAAUGGAUGAGAAGUAUGAAACGUUGGAAGUCGUUGCCAGUGACAGCGAAGAUGAUGGAGAAAUUCCUAUUCCAAGCGUUAUACUCAGGCCAAAGGAUCCAUAUCAGGAUCGCCUACUUCCAUACAUCAUUGGGUCAGAGAAAUGGAAAAACUCCAGUAAAAUAGGUUUAGAGAGUAGUAGUAGUGAAUCAGAGCAUCAAGGGGAUGAUGAUUCUGAAACUGAUUCAGAUGAUAACAUACCACCAGUAUCAAAGCCUAUCAAUUUGCAUAAUCCGCAAAUACCUGGUACGGAUUUCUCGUCGAGUGGGUCCAAUGAUUACAAUAUAAUAAAUGAUGUCAAGAGACAUACUGAAGACACCGGGUCUAAUAAAAAUCAAGAUAUCUUUGAUUCAGACAGUGAAGCCACCACCGCUGCUAAUAGUUUACCCAAAAGUUCAAGUAGUGCGGCACCAAACUUUGCAGAAGAAUUGGCUAAAAGGUUGGGGAGUGUUAUUCCAACUCAAAAAUCUAUAAAUACUCAGAUCAUCGGCAAACCAGUUCUAAAUCAUCCCAAAGAUGAUCUAUUCACCCCAGAAGAAGAAGACCUAUUUGGAGCUCGGUCAGAGAAUUUAUUCAGUGAACCAACAGGUCUAUUUGGCAAAGAAGCUCCGAACUCGUUGUGGCACGACAAGCCAGCCAAGCCUUUCAAAUCCAACAUCAUUCCUCCGUCACUUGAUGCACCACCACCGAUCAAUAAUGUUUCAAUAAAACCAAAGUCUGCGAUUGACGAUCUAUUCGGCGAUGGCGAUUCUGAAGAUUUAGAUGAUAUAUUCUCAGGGCAAACUUCGAUAAGCAAGCCAUUAAACCAAAAUAGCUCACCAAGCAGUAGUCUUCGCCCAGAAGAAAGGCCGAGAAGUGACAAACUCUUGGUCGUUGGUGACAUCGUACGAAAAGAAGGAAUGACGACAAGUACCCCAGAGACAAAGGAUGCAAUUAACUCGCUUUUUGAUGAUGAUUCCGAAGAUGUAGAAAAUAUUUUCAGUGAGGAAAAAAAUGAUUGGACGGGAGCCAAGGCAAGUGGUCCUGAGAAGAAAGCUAGUUCCACACCCGCAGAAGCAUCUGACACCAACAACAGAAAGGGACCAGUGGGUGGGGUCUCGUUGCUUGGUAAUAUAGACAUUUUUGCGUCCGGAAAAUUACGUCGCCAAGUGUCCAGUGAUUCUUCCAGCAGUAAAUCAUCAUCUGAUUUGGAAUCUUCAAGAGACACAGUACCAAAUGCAACAGAUGAUAGUAAUUCAGGCGUAAACGCUAGAUCCAAUUAUGGGAAUUCGGUGAUUGAGGCGCGCAAUUCGGAAACUGUAGAGAGUAGCGGCGUUUCUCUUCGUCCACCAAGCAUAGACGUUACAGCCAACUCGAACACAAGCGCUAAUUUCCAACCAUUGUUGACAUCGUCCUGGAACAGGACAGGGGACAUGUACAGAGAGAGAUUUGGUAGCGACAGUCUCUUCGCUGCGAAAACAUUGGAUCGAGAUAAUGAAAAUUUUUUGAACAACGCGCGGAUACACGAGGACACGAAUACGGAAGCGAAUCCAAGUAUUUUCGAGGAUACCGACGAGAUUUUUGGCCCUCCGCCAUUACCGAAGAGCGGGUCAAAGACCGACGCUAAAUCCACGGUGAGGUCGUUGUUCGACGACUCUGAUACCGGUGACGACCUAUUCUCGAAUACCAGCUCUGGAUCGCGUUCUCAAAAAACUACCGACGUUCUUUCGACGACAACAAUAGCGACCUCGCAAUCGUCGGACAGAGCAAAGAUUUUCAAAAAUAGAGGAUUAUUCGAUGACGACGAAGAGGACGAGAACGACAUUUUCGGAACUAAGGAUUCGUCGGACGUAAAUUUGUUUGCGGCCAGUAAGUCCGCCGUUGAAAUUAAGCGAUCGGAAGUUAUGCCGGAAGCAUCCUCUACGCAGGAAAAAAGUGCAAGAAACGCCGAAGACGUUGAUACCGUGAGGGAAAGUCUCGACAGCAAUUUUGAAAAACGGAAUAAGAUUAAAGAUCAGCAGACUGCAUCAGUGAGCGCGAAAGUUGAUAGUAUAUUCGACGAUCUGGACGACGAUGAUCUGUUCAGUCCGAGUUUCGGAAAGAAGACUACGAGUGGGAUGAAGAAAUCUGAGCCACCGAGUUUGUUCGACGACGGUACAGACGACCUCUUCGCUGCGCCGGCUAAACCGCCUGCUGCCAAACUGGAAAAGACGAUGGAAUCCUCUACUUUCUUAAAAUCGGAGGAAACAAAGGCGUCUGUUAUCGAGUCAGGAAGAAAAGUUGGAGGACAGCUGAGCCCAAAAGUAAUGGAACAACUUGCUGCCAAAUUGGACGUCGCGAAAACUGGGGAUAAGGGAAAUCUCCAGUCGGAGAAAGAGACAAAAACGGAGAAAACUGUUGAAGAAAAUACUCCACCCUCUAAGGGUGAAAAGACUGAUGUUUUUCCGAUAAAUAAAUCUAAGAAUCUCGCGUCAAAGAUAUUGGAUGAAAUGAAAACGGUACAAAAGUCUAAAUUGGAACCGGACGCGAAGCCAGGUAUAGCGAAGAAACCAGAAGUGUUGAGAAAAUCGGAUCGUAAAUUAGAUGCCGCAAACAAAGCUGCCGCUAUCCGGAAAACCAUUGUCUCGUCGAAGGUGACAACGGAAUCUAGGUCAGAAAGUAUCGAGGAAACCAGAGUGAGGUGUGCCGAAGAAUUUUCAAGUAAAAGUGUUCGGUCGGAGAGAAAAGUUUCGUCAUCGGACGAAGAGAGAUCGUCGAGAAGUUCAAAGUCUGAAAUUUUCAAUGCGGGAGAAGAAAAAUGGCCGGUAUCCUCUUCGCCAGAAGAUUCGUCCAAUACCAACGUCAGAAGAGAACCUCCGAAAACGUUGGAAAUAAGAUCGAGCACAACUUCGGUGACCAGUGAAAAAUCGAGUGCCGUUCAGCGGCGAGUUGUCUCCGGAAAAAUAGCAAAUUUGAUGGGGCGUAUGAGCGAUUUGAAAAUUUUAUCGCCUACCGAUACCCCACCCGUCUGGAGAAAGAACGAGGAAAGGACCGACGACGUCGGAGAUAAAGACAGCGAAGAUGGGAGUUGCAUCAGCACUUCGAAAGAAAGUCCGACACUGUCAGAUGAUCUUCACGAGGUGAUUGCUCCACCCCCACCGCCCUCACCGCCUGAGCAAAAGGGAUUGGAACCAGCCAUCAGCUUCGACGUUCCGGUUCAAGUUGAAACGUUGAGCGUUACCGCUUCUAAAAGUCGAGUCCGGAUCCAGUCAAAGCGCCGACCACAGAGUCGUCGCGCCCGGCAGAACGCGCUUCGGAAAAGUGGGAUCGAUUUCGAUACGGUAGAUUUUUCAAACGACAAUGAUUCGGAUACGAAUCGGAAUCUGUUCUCGAACAGCACGAACAAUAAUCCGGCCGUUGCCGAGAAUUCAACGAACGCUCAGAAUAUGGUGAAUUCGAACACGGACAGGUUAAUUAUUUCCACAGGAGGAGGUAGUGAGAACGUGAGCGUUAAGGUGACAGAGUCCACCUCGUCCACUUUCGCGGAUGAUCGCUCUGAAAUAAGCUUUAGCAAAGAGAGUUCAUUGAGUAUAAACAAAAAUACCCUCCUUUCCCCGUCUACCGACGAGGAGGAUCUCUUCGACGUACCCCCCGAUCUCCCGGAGGAUCCGCCAAAAGAAGACGCGCUUUUUGGCAGAGCCCCGAUUCUCUCGCCUGUCGAGUCAUUCGUAAAUGUAGAGAGCGAGGCUAAACACGAGCCGUACAAAAGUGAUAAAAAUAAUGAAGGUGCCAAGGAAGAGACGAGCGUCGCCACUAGCCACUCGCGAACCUCCGCAACUCUUGUUACCAAAGAAUCUUCACGGUCGACUGAAUCGAGAGAGAAGGUCACCGAGAAAACAACUUCUAUUCGGGAUGAACGAAGCACUGGCAAUUCCGUUCAUAAGGAGGAAUCCGCUGUUGGAAAAAUGUCGAAAAACAAACUUGAAGAUAAAUCCCAACAAAAUCGAGGAAAAAUAGAAGCAGAAAUCAGAACCAGAACGAACCGCAUCAUUGCGAAGCAGGAGGUCGCAGAAGGAUCGAUCGAUCCGCUACGGGAUAGUAGCCAUGAUCCUAUUAAGGAUCCUAGCAAUUUGUUUGCGUUUGUCACGAAAUCACCGUCGCCAGAAAAAGGAAAGAAUCUGCUAUUCAACGAGGACGAUGACAGUCUUUUCUCAAGGUCGUCGUCGUCGAAGAAAUCGAAAGAUGCGGGGAUCGAUGAGGCUGGAAAAAGCGCGACAAAGAAACCGACGCUUGACCUUUUUGCGGACGAUGCGGAUGUUGAUUUCUUUACAACUUCACUGCCAAAAUCAUCUACUAUAAAAUCUAAAGAAUCAAAGAUCGACCUAUUCGGCGAUGACGGUAACGAUGUCGAUGACUUAUUCGGAGGCGGCGCCAAAAAACUAACGAUCAAAUCUUCUCAAAAUUUGAUGACGAAAAAAACGGUCACCGAAAUUCAUUCGUCGUCGAAGAAACAAAGUUUGUUCGACGAUAACAGCGACGAAACGUUGUUCGGAAGUUCGAACUUGUAUGGAACCAAGGAAAAAUCCGAUGGCAACAGCCUAGGGACUGCGUCCGGCAUAUUUUCUGAUGCUGACAACGCCGAGAUAUUCAAUACUGGGAAGCCGAAAUCUACCGAGUCAACUUCCCUUACUGGUAAGACAAACGUAGAGGAUAUUUUUGGUAAUCGAUCAGGUGAAGAGGAAGAUAUGUUCGCGGAACAAAAAAUGGUGAUAAAAAAAUCGACGAUCCCCUCCGGUUUGUUCGGUGACGACGAUGACGAUGGCAGUGACAUAUUUGGGAAAUCGACCCAAUCCGCUACGGUAAGUCACUCAAAAUCAACGGAAACACGUGGAGUAGUUAAGCGAGCGACGACUCGAGAUCUGAGAAAAACUGCCGAACAAAUUGUCGAGGAUCCGUUGAGUAUGCUACAAAACGACUGAUCGCAAAAAUAAUUGAAAGGUGGAGCAAUCGAUACUGGUCUUUAGUUAAUAUUUUUGAAAUUAUUUUUUUCUCCAAAUACGCUUCAAGUUUGUUGCUAAUUUUAAUGAUUUAUCAAUCAUGCUAGUUUUCAAAAUUGCAUUCCUUUGAAAGUAUUAAAAAAUUCAUAUCGCUAAAUUAUCUUCUUGCAGUUUAUACAAACUUGCAAAUAAAACUGUUGUUUGGAAUGAUUGUUAAAACUCUUCGUACGGCACGAUCGAUUUUGAACAGUAAGCAUAUCGUUUUCCUCUGUUGCCCUAUUGAAAUCAUUGAAUGUAGAAAAAGAGGCUUCGAAAUCGUGGGUGGUCUAUCAAACUAUUGUAUAUAAUACACAUUCAUCCACGUACUAGCAACGAUCCAUUCUAAUCCAAUAGCUUUAAAAGUCUGUAAGUACUCAAAACUCACCCAAACUAUACACAUCCAAACACACCCCACACACCCACACAUAUAUACAUAUAUAUUUUCUUUAUGUGAUUUCGUUUUAUCAAAUCGGAUUGUGUAUAUUUGUAAUUUUGUUUAAUUUAUACGAAGCGCCGAACGGGCUUAAAAAUACCUAUCUAAGAAAUCAAUUACGAGAACGUUUAUACAGUGUUUGUGAAUUAAAUAUAUUAUUAUACGUCAACCGUUUGAUAUACAUAUAUGUAGAUAUCAGGUAAUCAAAUUUUACGGUUUAAUUCAUGCGCACUGCAUAACGUAAAGUAAAUGAAUAUAUUCAAGUCUCGUAAAAGAUAUUAUGUAUAAUGUAUCAAUUGUGAAAUAAACAUUGCCUGAAAAAAUUUGCUAUCGAAACAUCGCUCUUACGACAAUACAGGUGUACCGUACGUAUUUAAGUGAAAAUGAGAAUUGUCUUAUGAUUUCAUUUUCGAUAUAAAAUACAGGAUAAUACGGAACGGAGGUUUUGUAUAUUUGAAUACCGCUUCUCAGAGUCAAUGAACAAUAAAAUAUGUAUAAAUAUU